AUGAAUCAAGUUUUAGACUUUCCCUUCAAUGUAUUUGGUUUUAUUGAUAAUUUUCGCAUGGCAUUGAACAAAGAUUAUGAAGUUGAAAUUUCUGACGAUUCAGAAGCAACAGCAAGUGAAGAAUUUUCCUGUUUCCAAGACAAGCCAGCUACUAAUAUCAAAGAAAAAAAUGUUCAUCAAAGUCAAAAAGACGUUGAGGAAGACAAUGUACCACAUUCUGAAAACGAAUGUACCCCAAAUGUACCUCAUUUGGACUUUCAAAAAUCCCAUUUGAAAAAUGAAAAAUGGCUGCUCUGA